UCUAAAUUCGCUUAACUUCUGCUAAAACCAUUGCGUGAAGUGGCGGCCCUGCGUGUGACGUCAAUUUCACAACAUGUGAAAUUUGCACCUCGUUGAGGUUACGCGUAGUAAGAAAGAAGUCACCCACCAUGCGUGGCAUCGAUAUUGAGCGAUUUGGUGAGCUGCAGAGACGGAGAAGUGUGCGAAAUGUGUGCAUUCUAGCACACGUUGACCACGGGAAGACAACGCUGGCGGAUUACCUGGUGGCCAGCAAUGGGCUGAUCUCACAGAAGCUUGCAGGGAAGUUGAGGUACAUGGAUAGUCGAGCAGAUGAACAAGAGCGCGGCAUUACGAUGAAGAGCAGCAGUGUGACGUUGUACUACAAGAGUAUUCGGAGUAGUGAAGAAAUCCUCAUCAAUCUGAUCGACUCUCCUGGUCAUGUGGAUUUCUCAGGAGAGGUCUCAACGGCAGUGAGAUUGUGCGAUGGAGCGGUGAUUCUCGUGGAUGUGGUUGAGGGCGUUUGCCCACAAACACGAAUAUGCCUGAAGCAAGCAUACAUGGAGUGCUUGAAGCCAAUUCUUGUGCUGAGCAAGAUCGACAGGUUGUUUCUGGAAAAGCAAAUGACACCUCACGAUGCCUUCAUCCACUUGUCCCAGGUGCUAGAGAAUGUCAACGCAGUGUAUGCCAGUAUUUUCGCGUCAGAUGUGAUGGCGAAGGAGGACAUCACGACCAAUAGUGACUACACAAGUGCACUGGAGAAUGUGGAUGACUCGAAGCUGUACUUUUUACCAGAAGCGGGCAAUGUAAUCUUCUGCUCAGCUCUGGACGGCUGGGGAUUUUCCAUCAUGCAGUUCGCUGUGAUGUAUGAGAAGAAGCUAGGCAUUUCCCGAGAAGAGUUGGUGAAAGCAAUGUGGGGUAACUACUACUAUAAUGCCAAGACGAAUUCCUGUCUCGCGGGGGCCCAGGAGAAAGCCAAGAAGCCAAUGUUUGUGCAGUUUAUUCUGGAGAAUAUCUGGCAUAUCUACGAGACGAUUCUUGUGAGGAAGGAUAAGGAGAAGAUGGCCACAAUAGCUGAGAAAUUGGGCAUCAGCUUGAGUACUCGUGAUCUCAGGAGCACAGAUCAUCGACAGCAACUGAAGACACUUUUCACUCAGUGGCUGCCACUGUCAAACAUUGUGCUCGAGAGUCUCUGCAAGUACGUCCCAGCGCCAUGUAGUAUGCCUAGUGAAAAGGCUGAGAGACUCAUGUGCUCCUUGAAUCAAGACCUGCGAUCUUAUCCGGCGGAGACACAAAUUCUCCAGAAAGAUUUUAUGAAUUCUGAUCCGGAAAGUGGUAACAAAAUUGUGUUCAUUUCCAAGAUGUGUGCUGUGGAUCCGUCGCAGUUGCCAAAAGAUGAUCGAGAGAAAUUUGUGCCAUCUCUGGAGGAGAUUCAGCGCCGACGAGAAAUUGUUCGACAGAAGAUUGAAGAACGACAAGCUCUAGGACAAGUACAGGUGCAACAGACUGAAGAUGUAGCCACUGAGGAAGACAACGAGGAGUGCAAUGAAGUGUUUAUUGCCUUCGGUCGGGUGUUCAGCGGCACUCUCAGGAGAGGCGAUAAAAUGUAUGUACUAGGACCGAAGCACGAUCCCAAGAACAUUAAUACGAAUUCCCAGGAGCUGCCAAAGUAUGUAACAGAAAUCACCGUGUCAAAUCUGUUCAUCUUCAUGGGAAGAGAACUGGAGAAUAUUGACGAAGUGUGUGCAGGAAAUAUUGUGGGAAUAAGCGGACUGGACAAUCACAUUCUUCAAACAGCCACACUGAGUUCCAAUUACUACUGUCCACCCUUUACAGACAUGGAGCUCAUCGCCACACCAAUUUUGAGAGUUGCUGUUGAGCCUAAAAUCACCCAGGACAUGCCAAAACUCGUGAAAGGCCUGAAGCUGCUCAAUCAGGCUGAUCCGUGCGUGCAGGUGCUGGUGCAAGAGACUGGAGAACAUGUUUUACUCACAUUGGGCGAGGUGCAUCUGGAUAGGUGCGUGUUGGAUCUAGAAACGCGCUUUGCUCGUAUCGAACUGAAUGUCUCAAAGCCCAUUGUACCCUUUCGCGAGACAAUUGUGACAAAGGCGACAGUGGACAUGGUGAAUGAAGCUGUGGUUCCCACAAAUGAUGACAUAGAAAGUCAGAUCGUGACAAUAACGACGUCCAAUAAGAAGUGCUCCCUGGACAUCCUGGCAUUGCCACUGCCAAAAGAAGUUGUAGAAAUUCUGGACAAUUCUACGGAAUUACUGAAGAUCUACGCGAGAAAUACUAGUGGAGGAUGUUUGCCGGACAAAACCAUAAAGUCAAUGAGGGAUUUCCAUGAGCAACUCUCUAAGGCCUUCAAGCUGGCCAAUUGUGGCCACUUUCCGGAGACAGUGGUGGAGAGAUUGUGGAGUGUAGGACCACGACGAUGUGGCUCAAAUAUUCUGCUUAAUUUAUCAGAUUUUCGACACAACAGCUUUUGGGAGCCACUCAAUGUGUCUGCGCAGAAGUGCUUGGAGGAGAGCAGCUUGGAUAAUUCCUUCGUCAAUGGCUUCCAACUAGCAACGUUGGCGGGACCUCUCUGUGAAGAGCCUCUUUAUGGUGUAUGCUUCAUCCUGAUGAACUGCAGCCUUGAUGUGGAUGAUGGGGCAUCUGAUGGCAGUUAUGGACCAAUUUCUGGGCAACUCAUGUCCGCUAUGAAGGAAGGAUGUCGUCGAGCCUUCCAGAAGCAACCACAACGUCUUGUGACGCCCAUGUACAGCUGCAAUAUUGUGGUGAAUGCUGAAGUUUUGGGCAAAUUGUACGCUGUGAUUGGUCGCCGGAAUGGGAGAAUUCUAUCUGGAGAUCUCACAGAGGGCAGUGAUAAUUUCUCAGUCACCGCUAUAAUUCCUGUGAUUGAGUCCUUCAAUUUUGCUCAAGAGAUUCGCAAACAGACGUCUGGGCUCGCCUCACCGCAGCUUCUGUUCAGUCAUUGGGAGGUGCUGGACAUUGAUCCAUUCUGGGUGCCCUCCACUGAAGAGGAAUAUCUGCAUUUUGGGGAGAAGGCAGAUACAGAGAAUCGAGCGAAGAUGUACAUGGAUUCAGUGAGGAGAAGAAAGGGUUUGGCUGUUGAGGAGAAAAUUGUGGAACACGCAGAGAAGCAGAGAACACUGGGCAAGAAUAAAUAAAGCUCUGUGAGAGAAACCAAAAAAAAUCUAUCGACAUUGUGCUUACUGGACAUCGACGGCGAUUAGAAAGUGUUUCUGCCCCAAAGAGAGUGGGAGAGACAUUUCGAUGCCAUUGGAGUUCAUACGAC